AUGGGAAACAUUUUUGGACGUCAGACGGAGACAAGACCGCCGCCUCGUGAGCUACCUCCCAUAUUGGCGGCAACAAGACAACCAUUGUACCAUGAAAGAGCUCAUGCUUACGAGGACAUGUUCCGGAAUCGUGGGGUGCCACAGAUCCAGCACCCUCGUCCUUGCUUAUUUUAUGCUCGUGGAACAUGUUUCCGGGGAACGGCCUGUCGAUUCUUGCACGAAGGUACUGUGAAUACAGCUUCGACAAAGAACUCUCAAAAGCCUUGCCGUUUCUUUAUGCGUGGUCAUUGCAGGCGUGGAGAGGCCUGUAACUUCUCCCAUGAACAAUCCUCAGUGCAUGAAUCGACAGAGGCGAUAAAGGAUGAUGACUAUACCGAAGGUUGGGUUCGUGGGCUUGGGGGCGCCUGGGUCAAGUUCGGAGACGGAGCGGCAGUCGUGGACGUCUCACUACCUUCAGACUUCUCCGCCAUUCGAAUACGCAAUCUUCCGACCAAUGCAUCAGCAAAAUCAGUCAGAGCGUUGCUCUCUGAAGUUGGUAUUUCCGUACUAAUAAGCGAUAUACAAUAUAUCAAACCUAAAGAUAUGCCAAAUGGCUUUGCAAUUGUCAAAGUUAAAGACCCGGCAUUUGGAAAGACCGCAUGUUCGCGACUACAGACCUGCAUUGAACCCCCAGGUCUAGUCGUCAACUCGAUACGUGUUCCCAUCCCUUCAGGAUUCCAAUUUGGCCAGGUUGACAACAGACAAGUUCGUUGUUCAUGGCAUCGACCCACCAGAACAUUCAGUCUGUACUUUCCAGACAAGAAAGUUGCAAGCAGAUCAUUCUAUAAGUUCAAAAGCGGAAAGUAUAAAAUCGACGGCAUGAAAGCCACGGUUCAGUCACCUGUUGCAGAGGAUCCCGCUCAACAGAAUGGGAGAUGGAAGAUCGAUCUAGUUGGACUGAGUGCUGGCCUUACGGAGGAUGAUAUCGCUUCCGUCUUUACUUCAUUUGAAAAGCCUUGUCAGAUUGCUAUCGGAGACCUGAGUUAUGAGAUGGACCCGGAAAUGGAUUCGACCUUGGUCAAGUCAAUGCUGUACGAGAAGGGCGAAUUGGAAAAGUGGAACGUUUUUGACAGUUCUACCGCCAAACGGAUCAAAGCCCAAGCAACCUUUGUGGAAGAAUGCCAUGCGCAAGUUGCCGCCUCUUCCCUCGAUGGAACAGAGUUACCAUUCAACCACAACGGGAAGCUUUUCGUCCAACUCAUUACUUCCGUCAAGUUCAAGGUAUCAGCCCGCGUUUACGAUGCCGUGAAGAAGACAAUUGAUGCACGCAAACCCGAUUGGGAUCUGCAGUUCAUACGUUAUUCCGCCCUCCCUGAGCGCGGAUUUCACCGAAUUCUGAAGAUCGAGGGUGAAGAUCGUCAGCUAGUCGCCCAGGCCAAAAGAGAUUUGGAAAAAGUCAUUACUGGCACUGUUUUGACGAUGGGCGGAAAGAAUAUUUGGUACUCUAACCUCAAGAUCAGCAAGAAUGCUUACAGGAAGCUUCAGAAGAUCGAGCGAGGCCUUGAGAUCGUUAUCAUUCGCGAUAUACGAGCCUCAAACUUCCGCGCUUUUGGCCCUGAGGAACGGGUAGCACAAGCUGCUGAGGCCCUGCAGCAACUCAUCGACGAAUUAAAAGCAGGCGGCCAUGCUAUCAAGAAAGCAGUUUCUCCAGUCAAAAGACAACAACUUGAGACAGAUUGCCCAAUAUGCUUUGACGAAGCCGAGGAAUCACUGCGUACUUCCUGUGGCCAUACCUAUUGCGGUCUUUGCUUUUUCCAAAUGUGUCAAGCCGAAGCAUCAAACCCGGGUAACUGCUCAAUCAGCUGUAUGGGGGACUCUGGAAAGUGCAGAAAGGUCCUUGAAAUCUCAGAGAUUCAGGCACUCAUUCUCUCUGAAACAUUCGAGAACAUCCUUGAGGCCUCUUUUGCCUCAUUCAUACGACGUCACCCAGCUGAAUUCCGGUAUUGCCCAACGCCGGAUUGCGAUCAAGUCUACCGAGUCUCUUCCCCAGGAAAGCUUCCAUCCUUGUUUACAUGUGCCAGAUGCUUUAUCCCUACUUGUACAGCCUGUCACGUGUCACACCUAGGCAUAUCCUGUUCAAAGAAUAAAGGCAAUACUUCUGAUGAUAUCGAGGAGCUCAUCAAAGCUAAGGAGGAUCUGGGUGUGAAAGAUUGUCCCAAAUGCACUACAGCUAUCGAGAAAUCUGAGGGAUGCAACCAUAUGACUUGUACAAUUUGUCAAACGCACAUCUGCUGGGUGUGUAUGGCAACGUUCACAGAGGAUAGUGAUUGCUAUACACACAUGAGGCGGCUUCAUGGCGGCAUUAUGUAG